AGAACAACAGAGCAGGAGGAAAACAGGAAGUCUGAGGCAGGGUGAGUGUUAACACUCGCCCUGAAAGUAAGAAUUACUCAGAUUUAUUAGAUUGUUUACAUUUCAGAUUCGGUAAAAUGAGUGAUUUGGAGGAAGAGGAGGACUCUCUGUCAGGACUUUCAGACACAAAACAGAGAGCAGAGUCUCCAGCUUCCAGCGCUCUGUCCAUGAAGAGUGGCUUUUCCAGAGAGGAACCUCCAUUCUUCAGUGAUGAACCUGGACCAACAACCAAAAAACGGAGAGCAGAGUCUCCAGUGUCCAGCUCUCUUUCUAUGAAGAGUGACUUUUCCAAAGAUGGACCUCCAUUCUUCAGUGAUGACCCUAGACCUUCAGAGAGUCAUGGGAAACGGUUUCUACUACAGAGAGCAGAGUCCCCCAGCUUCCAGCGCUCUGUCCAUGAAGAGUGGCUUUUCCAGGAGGAACCUCCAUUCUUCAGUGAUGAACCUGGACCAACAACCAAAAAACACAUGGCAGAGUCUCCAGCGUCCAGCUCUCUGUCCAUGAAGAGUGACUUUUCCAAAGACGAACCUCCAUUCUUCAGUAAUGAACCUAGACCCUCAGACACAAAAGAAAAAAGGAAACAGAGUCAUGUUUUCAUGGUUAAACAGCCGUCCGGCAACAGACCCGGGACAAGAGCUGGACUGCAGACAUCCAGUCAGACCAGUACUGCGCAAUGUUGUCAGCAGGAUGUGUCAGCUGACCAAAAAAACAGUUUGAGAAGCACAUGUGAACGUGUGACUGAAGGAACUAAUGAAACAGGAAGUAAAACCCACUUCAAGAAGGUCUAUGUUACGAUGUACAUCUCAGAGGGACAGAGUAAAGUGGUUAACACCCAACACAAAGUUUGGCAGCUUGAAACUAAUUCCAAGAUGAAGAUGUUCCAUGAUAUUCCAAUUAAGUGCUACGACAUCUUCAAAGCAUUACCCGGUCAACAGAAACACAUCAGAGUCGUUCUGACGAGCGGUGUCGCUGGGGUUGGAAAAACUUUCUUGGUGCAGAAGUUCACUCUGGACUGGGCAGAGGGUUUGAAAAACCAAGAUAUCAAUCUGCUAAUUCCGCUUGCAUUCAAGGAGCUGAACUUGGUCAAGGAUCAGCAGUACAGUCUUCUGGAGCUGCUCCGUGUUUUCCAUCCAGUAUUACAGGAAGUCCCAGUAGAGCAGCUCGCUGCCUCAAAAAUUCUCUUCAUCUUUGACGGCCUGGAUGAAAGCAGACUUUCAAUGAAUUUUCAGGACAGGGAGGAGUUUGUGUCUGAUGUCACACAGAAGUCAUCAGUCAACGUGCUGUUGACAAACCUCAUCGAGGGCAAGCUGCUUCCCUCGGCUCUCGUCUGGAUAACUUCCCGACCUGCAGCAACCAAUCAGAUCCCUUCUGCGUGUGUUGACAGGGUAACAGAAGUACAUGGCUUCACUGAUGCCCAGAAGGAGGAGUACUUCAGGAAGAGAGUGUGUGAUGAAGAGCUGUCCAGCAGAAUCAUCUCCCACAUCAAGACAUCCAGGAGCCUCCACAUCAUGUGUCUUCUCCCAGUCUUCUGCUGGAUCACUGCUACAGUUCUGGACCACAUGUUGACUACAGACCAGAAUGGAGAGCUGCCCAAAACCCUGACUGACAUGUACUCACACUUCCUGCUGGUUCAGACAAAGAGGAGGAAGCAGAAGUAUGCUGAGGGACAUAAGACGAGUCCACAGAAGCUGACGGAGGCUGACAGGGGAGUUCUUCUGAAGCUGGGGAAGCUGGCAUUUGAACAGCUGGAGAAGGGAAACAUAAUGUUCUACCAAGAAGACCUGGAGCGCUGUGGUCUGGAUGUCACAGAAGCCUCGCUGUACUCAGGAGUUUGUACAGAGAUCUUCAAAACAGAGAGUGUGAUCUUUGGGAGAGAAAAAGUCUACAGCUUCGUUCAUCUGAGCAUUCAAGAGUUCCUGGCGGCAGUCUACUUUUUCCACUGUUACACCACUAAAAAGGCACAUGUACUGGGCCCUUUCCUGGGGGAAAGAAAGACUAAAUUAUCCCCAAAACAGCAUCAUAAUCAUGAACAUGAUGAUCAAGAUGAUGAUCUAGACUAUGAUAAGGCCCAAGAUGAUAGUGAUGAUAGUAACGACCAAGAUGAUAGUGACAAUAGUAACAACCAAGAUGAUUUGGACGAUGAUCUAGACUAUGAUAAGGCCCAAGAUGAUAGUGACGAUAGUAACGACCAAGAUGAUUCGGACGAUGAUCUAGACUAUGAUAAGGCCCAAGAUGAUAGUGACGAUAGUAACGACCAAGAUGAUUGGGACAAUGAUCGAGACGAUGGUUACGACCAAGAUGAUCGUGAUCAUUAUACAUACACUGCCUCAACUCUGGAUGACUUCCUGAAGAGAGCCACAGAAAAAUCCCUGAAAAGUAAAAAUGGCCACCUGGACCUGUUUGUUCGCUUCCUUCAUGGCCUUGCUCUUGAGUCCAACCAGAGACUCUUAGGAGGCCUGCUGGGUCAAACAGACAACAAACCACACAUCAUCCAGACAGCCAUCAACAACCUGAAGAAGAUGAACAUGGACAAUGUAAUCUCUCCUGACAGAAGCAUGAACAUCUUCCACUGUCUGUCGGAGAUGAACGACCAAACGAUACAUCAGGAGAUUCAAGAGUUCCUGAAGUCAGGGAGCAGAUCGCAGAAGGAACUGUCUGGGAUUCACUGCUCAGCUCUGGCCUACAUGCUGCAGAUGUCAGGGGUUGUUAUGGAGGAGUUGGACCUAAGGAAGUACAACACAUCAGAGGAGGGACAACUGAGACUGAUCCCAGCUGUGAGGAACUGCAGAAAGGCUGUACUUCAUAACUGUGAGCUAUCAGACACUCACUUUGAAGUUUUGGCUUCUGCUCUUAAGUUUGAUCCCUCCCAUCUUAAAGAACUGGACCUGAGCAACAACCGUCUGCAGGAUUCAGGAAUUAAGCUGCUGUCUGCUGGACUGGAAAGUCCAAACUGUCGACUGGAGACUCUUAGAUUGAGUGUCUGCAGGUUGUCAGAGAUCAGCUGUACUUCUCUGGUCUCUGCUCUCAAGUCCAACCCCUCCCAUCUGAGAGUGCUGGAUCUGAGCUACAGUCACAAGCUGCAGGAUUCAGGAGUUAAGCUGCUGUGUGAUUUCCUGGAGAGUCCAAACUGUGGACUGGAAACUCUGAGAUUGAGCUGGUGCAGUUUGUCAGAGAUGAACUGUGCUUCUCUGGCCUCAGCUCUGAAGUCCAACCCCUCCCAUCUGAGAGAGCUAGACCUGAGAGGAAACAACCUGCAGGAUUCAGACGUGCAGCUGCUGUGCCAGCUGAAGGAGAAUCGACUCUGGAGUUUGGAGACUUUGUUAUGGCAGUGACUGGAGUGCUUUGCUGCUGCUCAUCGUCUCCACCUUCUCCUCCACCCAGGUUUUAUUUAUUGUGUCUUUUAUCCAUACAGAUAAUCUGAACUGGAAAAGACUUUUUGUUCUAUGACAACAUAACUGUAGAUUAACACAUUUAUCUGUGUUUUAUCUCUUACUGUCUUACUUUGUGCUGCAGUUCUACCCUGUGGAACAACAGAGUAUUGCAGUUAAUUUUCACAUUUUACACAGCAGAAGAAGUUAAUUUGCAUGUAGUUACUGACGAUAAAUAUUGUAACAAACAGAAGUAUAUGAAAACCUGAACAAAGUCUGUAAUCAAGGUCUGUAAUUUGGUGGAAGGUCAGAAAAUGAGAACUGAACAGGUGAUGCUUUUGUUUUUAUAACCUCUGAUGAUGAUGUACUGAUGUAUCCUACGGCAGCUUGUGUGUUGACAUAUAUAUCUUUUUUUAUUUUUAUACAUUUUAUGUUCUAUCAAAAUG